UGAUGGGAGAGAACAAGGCCGUACUUUGGUUCGGUAACCGGUAAAGGUUGCCACAAACUAAAAAAGAUCAGCUAAAAAAAACCAUUAUAUAUAUAACCAAAAAAAAAAAAAACACCCUCCAUAUUCUUCCAUCCGUACGAUCUGGUUCCAGGUUGAUUGGCUCACAGUCACACUAGCGAGGCCACGAGAAACUACUGCUCCUCCUGGACCUCCUCUCUCCUCCUACGGCCUUCGUUUUUCAUGGCCUCUCGCAUGUGCUUCUGUUGACCCUUUUUUCCUACCUUACUUUCCUCAUCUUUAUAAUAUAUAUACAUUUAUAUAAAGAUCUUUACACAAGAACACACCAUAUCUGUUCUUUUCGAUUUUUUAUCUUUCUAAAUGGCAGAUGUUUUUCGAGUAGCACCACCACACCAUUCACUUCGUUUCUCUUCCUCUGUUAUCACCUCCUUCGCAUCCUCCUUGAAUUCCCUCCAACCGGGUCUCAUUCCAAUUUCCUACUCGGAUAAGAGAGCUUAUCCUCUUUCCUCUUCCUCUGUUACGCGCCUCGCUUUCAGACGUAGGGGCUCCUUGUCCUCGUUCAAGGUGCAGGCUGCUGUUGCUGAAACGGAGCAGCCAAAAUGGUGGGAAAGGAAUGCACCAAAUAUGGUUGACAUUCAUUCUACACAAGAAUUCUUGAGUACUUUAGGUGAAGCUGGAGAUAGAUUAGUUAUUGUAGAAUUCUAUGGAACUUGGUGUGCUUCUUGCAGGGCCUUAUUCCCCAAGCUCUGUAGAACAGCUGAAGACCACCCUGAGAUUUUAUUCCUUAAAGUCAAUUUUGAUGAGAACAAACCUAUGUGCAAAAGUUUGAAUGUGAAGGUCCUUCCUUAUUUCCACUUUUAUCGUGGAGCUGAUGGACAGUUGGAAUCCUUUUCGUGCUCUCUUGCUAAGUUCCAAAAAAUAAAGGACGCUAUUGCAACACAUAACACAGCUCGUUGCAGCAUCGGACCACCUAAAGGUGUUGGAGAUAUUCUACUGCCUGCAGUAGUAGCUCCUAAGGACAAGUCAACAGAAUCACCUUCAGCAUAGUGCGUUUCAAUUCAAACACAACCAUUGUACUAAAAUGUCUAUUCUUGCUAAAAUUCAGCAAACAAACCCCAAAGUGAACUUGCAUAGUUAGCUAUCUAGUACCUUCAGUACAUGUGAAUUUCUCUGUGUAGAAGAAUGUUUUGUCUGCAUUCUUUGCUAAUUUUUUUCUUACUUUUAUAUCUUUAUAAUGUGUAGUUAAAACUCUUGAACAAGAAAAUCACAUAUUCCUGUUAUAUAUUAAAUUAAAUAAUGUGUUUUUUUGGGCUCA